AUGGACCCCACAAGAGGAUGCAACGUUGAAAAGGCUAGUGGAUCAACAUGGGCCGAGGAAUUGGACUUUGAUAAGCGAAGGAAUUCCAGGGAGGUCCGAUGGGCCACAAUCGCUAAGCUUCUUCCUGGGCGUACGGAUAAUGCGAUUAAGAAUCAUUGGAAUAGUACACUUAGGAGGAAACGGGACCCACAAGUGGGGGCGGAGUCGAAACGGCAGCGAGUUGAGGUGGCGGUUUCGAGUGAGUCUGAAUCGGGGGUGAUUAAGAAGGAGGUGAGUUCUGGUGUGGUGUCGGAGCAGGAAGAGGAUGGUGGGGUUGAGACGGUUUUGACGCUUUUGCCACCUGGGAAGGUUAUGGAUGUGCCACGUGGAGGAGAGAGAGAAGGGGAGGAUCAGGUGAGGAAGGGUGAUGAUGAGGGUGAGAUUAAGAAAUUGAUGAGAUGUACGGUGGGGAGAGAUGACACGUGUUUGAUAAAUGUGAUGCAGAAUAUGAUUGCAGCGGAGGUUAAGAGUUAUAUUGAUCGUCUUGUUCUUCAGCCCAAAAGUGGUGAUGAGAAUGCGCCUAAAUCGGAUUCAGCCCGUCAUAGUAAAUAA